CUCCCCCGGCGGCGGGGCCCGAGCCCGGGCGGGGAUGUGGGCACCCGCGGCCCGGGGGAGCCGCACCCCCGCCCAGACGCAGAGUGGUGGCUGCGGUCGCCGAGGAAGGAGGACGGAGCCCAGGGCGCGCGGUCCGGAGAGAAGACAGUGGUCUCCUGCGGCCGGGAAUGAAGGGAAAUCCUGUGGCCGUCUGCUCGCCGGGACCCCGAGAAGUGGAGCAGAUGGUCCGCGAACAGUACACUACAACCACAGAAGGUACCCACAUACAGAGGCCAGAGAACCAGUGUGUCUACAAAAUUGGCAUUUAUGGCUGGAGAAAGCGUUGCCUAUACUUAUUUGUUCUUCUUCUACUCAUCAUCCUCCUUGUGAAUUUUGCUCUUACGAUUUGGAUUCUUAAAGUGAUGUGGUUUUCCCCAACAGGAAUGGGUCAUUUGCGUGUUACAAAAGAUGGUCUUCGCCUAGAAGGAGAAUCAGAAUUUUUAUUCCCAUUGUAUGCCAAGGAAAUACACUCCAGAGUGGACUCAUCUCUGCUUCUGCAGUCAACUCAGAAUGUGACGGUCAAUGCACGCAACUCUGAAGGAGAGGUCACAGGCAGAUUAAAAGUGGGUCCCAAAAUGGUAGAGGUCCAGAGUCAACAGUUUCAGAUCAACUCCAAGGAUGGCAAGCCACUGUUUACUGUGGAUGAAAAGGAAGUUGUGGUUGGUACAGAUAAACUUCGAGUAACUGGCCCCGAAGGUGCUCUUUUUGAACAUUCAGUGGAGACCCCCCUCGUAAGAGCUGACCCAUUUCAGGACCUGAGAUUAGAAUCCCCCACACGGAGUCUAAGCAUGGAUGCCCCAAAGGGUGUUCAUAUUAAAGCUCAUGCUGGGAAAAUCGAAGCUCUUUCUCAAAUGGAUAUCAUUUUUCAAAGUAGUGAUGGAAUGCUUGUGCUUGAUGCUGAAACUGUGUGUUUACCCAAGUUGGUUCAGGGGACUCAGGGUCCCGCCGGCAGCUCACAGAGACUCUAUGAAAUUUGUGUGUGUCCAGAUGGGAAGCUCUACCUGUCCGUGGCUGGCGUGGGUACCACAUGCCAUGAACACAGUCACAUCUGCCUCUAAACCACCUGCAUCUUCCAUGGAGCACCUGCCUCAUUUCAGUGAGCUUUACAUUGCUGACCUCAAGCCUUCACACUGAGCUACUUGACAUCCUGGUGAAUGGUGCACAGUGGAUGGGAAGUAGGAGGUCACACUUUCAAAAGGAACUCAGAAAAAUAGGCCAGUGAAGGUGUUCUGAUGAAAAUACAUGAUCUCAGAAUGGUGUGCACAGACAAAAGCCUAUAUUAGACACAAAAGCCUAGCAAUAGCAAAAAAGGGGGGGGGAGGUAUUCCACUAGGUUUAUUUUCAUCAGAACCAUUGUGACUUUUCUUCUUCUUUCUUGUGAAUAAUCAAUCUACAAUGAAAUACUGAAUCGCGUAUGGAAUGAAUUAAUGCUGUUCAGCCAUGACUAACUUCCCAUAAAAAGUAGCAUUGAUCAAUAAUACAUUGCUCCUCCAAAGGUGUUCCCAGUCAGACCCACAAGUUCUCCCUUUUAAUGCAAAGUGUGUCAGGUUUUAGAAGAAAUCUUCAGGUUUCUAGAGGACUUGAGUUGAUCUGAAUUUCAGUGUUGUCAAGGAAUAAAUUAUACAAAAAUUAA